AUGACAACCGGAUUAGUUUAUUACAAGUUCAAGUCACAAAUAGAUCACUCGGUGUGCGAAUUUGAGGGCACCGGUAUCUCUGUGUUUGACUUGAAGAAAGAAAUUAUUAUUGCACAAAAAAUGACAAAGUGUACAGACUUUGACUUGGUGUUAAUUAACCCACAGACUGAUGAAGAACCACAACCACAACUAUCAUUCAUUCGUUCGUUUCAUCAUUCACCGAUAUCUCAAUUACUUUUCGACACUAUGGAUCCAAUGCUUCGACAAUUUGUUCAGUUAUUGAGUGAUCAUCAUCGUCGUCGUCGUUAUCGUGAUAGUAGU